AUGCUAUCUAAACAAAGAGGAGGGGGCAUCGGAUCAAACAAGGAAGAUAGAACAGGAACAUGUAAGUACAAGGCCAAGGAAAGGAAGAUCAAUGAGUGGUUGUAUGUGAGAAAAUUAGGACAGAAGCAAUAUUCUCUUCCUCCAGGUGACAUGGGAUGGCCUUUUCUUGGGAAAAUGUUGUCAUUCUUGAGAGCUUUCAAGUUCAGAGAUCCCGAUUCGUUCAUCUCAAGCUUCAUCACCAGAUAUGGUGGGAUGGGGAUGUACCGGACCGUAAUGUUUGGAAAGCCAAGCAUCAUCGUUUCCAGGCCUGAGGCUUGCAGACGAGUAUUGGCAGAUGAAGAGAAUUUCAAACUUAGUUACCCUAAAACAACCCAAGAACUGGUAGGGAAGAAAUCAUUCCACAAUAUGUCGAAUUCUGCACAUAAACAUUUCCGCCGCUUGACGGCAGCUAAAAUCAACGGCAACGAGUCACCGUCAAUGUACAUCAAGCACAUCGAAAAGAUAAUGAUUGGUUCACUGGAGGAAUGUGCAAAAAUGGACUGUCCAAUCGAGUUCUAUGAGGAAAUGAAGAAGGCCACUUUCGAGGCUAAGAGAGAACUGGAAAAGAUCUUUAAGGAAGUCGUGGAUACGAGGAAGUCAAUGAAGAAGAACGAUGCAUACACAGCGAGCAAAAGUAUGCUAGAUUUACUCAUGGAGGCAGAAGAUGAGGACGGUCAAGCAUUAAGCAAAGAUGGGAUCAUUGACAUUCUACACAUGUACCUUUUAGCCGGUUUUGACAGCGUCACAUUAGCUACGAUGUGGAUGGUCCAGUACUUUUACGAGAAUCCAGAUACCUUGCAGAAAGCGAAGGAAUUUGCUAAAUGA